UUACGAAGCGAUGCAAAGCGGAACAGCUCAAGAGAAGAAGGAGAGCUAACCGAGGGUGAAUCUCACGGCCCAGCCCAAGUCCAUUGUUGAGCAAGGAGUGUUUACAUCGCCCAGCAGAAGAGGAAGAGGAGCAGCUGUGUGUUUGGGCGGCGGGGUACUGAGCUCCUAACACCAUGUCGGAGUCCUAUGAUUUUUUGUUCAAGUUCCUUGUUAUUGGAAGUGCAGGCACUGGUAAAUCAUGUCUUCUACAUCAGUUUAUAGAAGGCAAAUUCAAAGCUGAAAGUAACCACACCAUUGGAGUGGAGUUUGGAUCCAAAAUAGUCAAUGUAGGUGGGAAGUCAGUGAAGCUGCAGAUAUGGGACACUGCAGGACAGGAGAGAUUCAGGUCUGUGACACGCUCCUAUUACCGUGGUGCAGCAGGGGCCCUCCUGGUCUAUGAUCUUACAUCCCGGGACAGUUACAAUGCUCUUGGCAAUUGGCUGGGUGAUGCUCGCUCUCUAGCCUCUCCUAAUAUUGUGAUUCUUUGUGUAGGAAACAAAAAAGAUUUAGAAGAUGAACGGCAAGUUACCUUCAUGGAAGCCUCGAGAUUUGCUCAAGAAAAUGAACUAAUGUUUAUGGAGGCCAGUGCACUCACUGGAGAAAAUGUAGAAGAAGCUUUCCUAAAAUGUGCAAAGAGUAUUCUUGCAAAGAUAGAAACAGGAGAGCUGGAUCCAGAGAGAAUCGGUUCAGGAAUACAAUAUGGAGAUGCUACGCUUCGUCGGCUGAACCAGGGGCAAAGUCAACGUCCAAAAGCUGGGGCUGAGUGCAUGGGCUCCUCCUGUAGGAUUUAGAAGAGGAUAGUAGGUAAGGAGAGUAACCUUACAUCUAUAUUUGGAAUAGUUUUAUAGUGGAUUAGAAACUUUCUUCAGUUACUUUCAAUGGGCAUUUCAAUAUACAUAAACAUUUUUUUGUGUGAGUCUGUAAUGUGGUUUUAUUCAUAGACUGUAAACAUUCAUUAAAUGUAAUUAAUUUACUGCAUCUGUUAUGAUGAGCCAAUAUUUAUUGUUUUCUGCAGUUUCUAAAGUUUUCUUUCAAUCUAAAUGCAAGAUGGGAGUAAUACUUCCAUGGUCCAGUCCCCCAAAAGUCUGCAUUGUGGUAUUUUUUCUGAAUAUACAAUAAUAUGUAGACUGGCUACACACAUUUAUGGAAUUGAAGAAAAAGUAAUGUAAUUUAUGAUGGAUUUUGCUAUAUUAAUUUCCCCAGUUAACUGAUAUCACAAGUGAUACUUGCCACAAUAUAAGAUCUAAAAUUAAGAACAACAAACAUAAGAAGUUUGUAUGACGAGCCUUGCUCUAAUUGGGAGGGUAUUUGCUGGCAAUGACGAGUCCAGCUCGUGAUCAGGCCAUGGUGAAUUACACUCACACACACACACACACAAACACACACACACACACACACACACACACAUACACCACUCUGAUAACUCAGUCGGUUAAAGCUCUGUGCUACCAGGCUUCGCAGCCUGACUAGCGGAGGUUCGAUCCCCACUCAGGCUGGGAUUUUUCCACUGACAAGAAGUGGUUACUGACCCCCCUUGAGCAAGGGGAAUGGGGUGUGUGUUGUGUGAGGUCCCAGCAAUACUCAGAGAUCGACUAUAAUGAGAUUGCUCUUGUCGGGAGGAUACUUGCUGGAGAUUGCGAGUCCAUCUCAUGAUCAGGCCAUGGGUGAAUUACACACACACACACACACACACACACACACACACCGAUCUCUAGUUAUCUGUCUCAAGGCUAAGUGUUUUAAUUUAUAUAGGUAGGAAAUAUAUAUAUAAUUUACAUAUUACAUAUCUGUAAAUUAUACAAUGAAUUCGGCCUUUAAAAAUAUAGCUUCAUGAUUUUGUUAUACCCUGUGGGGAAACAAAUAUAUUUUUUGCAGUGUUCAUAUUGUACAGGUGCUGUAUUAUUAGUAGAAUAUUUUAUGGAAAUUAGCAUAUAAUAAGGAGAUCUGUAUAUUGUUUCUAGAUUUGUCAUGGAUGCAGGUAUGUAUGUAUGGAUGGAUGCAGUAUGUGAUACAACCUGAAUUAUAACUCUAUUUCAAGAAUUCAAGGGUUGCCUUCAUGGAUUUACACCAUGUGGUCACAAAAUGUUUGAAUAUCUUUAAAAAAUCAAAUGAUUGGCAAACUUUACUUCCAAAGAUAGAUCAUGACAUUGCUGUGCUGCCACUGUCAGCAAAUAGGGAGAUAAAAAUCACUUUUACCUACUCAUGAGUUUGGUGUUUACAGCCUCUUUGUGUCCUUUUUUUACCCUUUGAACAUUGUUUUGCAUGCUAUAUAUUAUUUAUAUAAAUGUCAAUAAUGAUAGUAGCCAGUGAUAUACAUUCCUUUUAGUUGUUAGUUUGUAUUAUAUCAGCAUCAUGUUACACUAGCUCAUAUCAUAUUAGCUUUACUUGAAAAUCUACAUUUAAAAAAUAGCUGAAUUCUUAAAAUGUAAAAAAUUUUAAUACCUUAUCUUUAACAAUUUACUUAAAUGUAAGAAACAACUGUUUUAUAUGAAUCUGUAAUCACUAACACACUACGUUGCUAAUAAUGUAAGCAGUUUGCUUGUUUAACUUGGGAAAGUGUUAGUUACUGAAUGCUGUAUAUUCUAAUGUAAACAUCAGUGUCAGUUUUUUAAACAAGCAAAUUCAUUGUCUAUAUAGAAGUAUGUUUAGGAGGAGAAUUAUUUAUGCAAUUUUCAGCAUUAGGCUUAAGAGGACAGCCUUUAAUCUUGUCUGCUUUCUGCAGUUCUGGUACUUCUGUCUGCACUUGUACUGGAUUAUUUGUGGCCACUUAGAGAUCAUGAAUUAUUUCUGGAUUGAGGCAACCUCUUUCAGGCACUCCCAAUCCUCCUCUUUUAGCCCAUGUUCUUUCCCACUUAGACAGCUCACUUAGUAACACAUAUUUGGAGUAAUUACAUGAACUUGGAGUAUGAAACUAGAUUUUUUGUAAUUUCACU